AUGACAAUCGAUCCAUCAGCAUUCGAUUAUGCUGAUAUCAGUCUUAAAGUUGAGAAGGAUAACCCAUACUUCACAAUCUCCGGAAAUUGCUUAAUCGAAAGGAAUUCUGGAAACUUAAUUUUAACAUUCGGAAAUUUACCAAAGGUAUAUACAAUUCCAAAGGAAGUCAAGAAGAUUGGUGGUACUUCAAUUCGUGCAUGGACAGACGCAGCACAGGUCAACUCAAUCUCAUUCUACAAUACGAAUCUCGGAGCACCUGUCAUCAAGAUCCCUGAUUCUGUUAUUUCAAUCGACAAGCAAGCAUUCCUUCCUGAUGUAUUCCUUUACACAGUUUGCUAUGAUGGUUUCGUUUAUUCGCCAGAAGUAGAAGACGUUGCACAACCACUUUUGACAAAUGCUUAUGUCACAGAUAAGUAUCCGUACCAUAAAUUACUUGGUCUUACCUCUGUUAAGUCAUGCAGCACUAAACUUCCACGUGAAUAUAGAGCAAGACACAUCAUCGGCCUAUCCAUUCCUGAGAUUGUUUUGAUUGUACUAGUUGUUCUCCUGAUCAUCAUCCUUAUUGUCUCAAUCAUUUUAAUUCGUAUGAAAUUACCAAAGGCAGGUGACAAGACAAUCUUCCAAUCAAUUAAUUAA